AUGAGCACAAGGAACAGCUGCACCCUGCCACUGGGGCAAGGAGACCGGGAGGAAAAGCAGAGUGAGGGUACUCCUGACCUGGAGCGACAGGAGUGUGAGGUGGAGCUGAGGAAUAAAGCUAUUCUGCAACAGAAGAGGCGCCUUAAACAGGCCACCCAGUUUGUGCACAAGGACUCUGCUGACCUGCUGCCCCUGGACGGCUUGACAAGGCUUGGCACCUCCAAGGAUCUGCAGCCACAUAGUGUGGUCCAGCGGCGCCUCUUGGAAGGCAAUCUGAACAAACUGCGGGGCGAGACCAGGGUUCAGUCUGCACGGGUACAAUCUCCGCUGGCAAAAGACCAGGAUGAAAAGAUGGAAAAGGGAGAGGACAGGAGAAAAGAGACUUCAUCCCUGCUAAUACAGUGCCAGUGCCAAGGUCAGGUAUUGAAAGCGACUGUUAACACUGGGUGUCUACCAAAUCUCAUCUCCAAGAGCUGUUUAAACCAGUUGGGGCUGGAAGAAGUGUCUGACAUGGACUGUGGAGACCCCUCUCUUCCCAUCCCCAGUGUUGCUGGCCGAGUAGAACAUAUGGAGGUGCAAUUUGGCCAGAAGACAGUGCUGUGUUCAGCACUGGUUGUAGAUGAUGAAAUGAUGGAGUUUUGCAUUGGUCUCCAGACUCUGUUGUCUCUCAAGUGUUGCAUCGACUUGGAGGAAGGAGUCCUGAGAUUUAAAGCACUGAGUCAAGAGCUGCCUUUUCUACACGCCUCUGAAGAGCCUGGUCAGUGA